UAUAUAGGUACACACUGCGCACGUGGAUCUCUAUGCGGUGGAGGUUAGACUACACACUCCACACAUAAGUAGUCUCUACAACAGUGUUUAUAACCUAACAAAAAUGUCGCAGUUUCUCGCGGUGCAAUGCCCAAAUCAUGUUUACGUUUUCUAAUUAAAUUGGAUAGAUCAUUUGAAUGUGAGAAAAACAAUUGGGAAAAUUGAUAUUGUUUCUUCUUGGACAGAGCAAAUAGAAAGAUGGAAAAGGAUUUCAGGUUAUUUAUUAAAAAUUUACCAUUAAAUAUAACUGAGGCCAGGAUAAAAGAGUUGCUUGGAAAGUAUGCGACCAUAAAGAACAUAGAUUUAAAGGACAAAAAAAGUCUGGACGAUCAGAUAAAUAAAUUUGCUUUUGUAAAUGUAACAACCUCGGACAAAAAUUUGCAUGCAUGUUUCGGUGACUUGAAUGGCGAGAGAAUCGAUGGAUUUCAAAUAAGUGUAGAAUUAGCAAAGGAAAGUUUUCUGGAGAGAUUAAAAAGAGAAAGAACUGAAAAUAAAGUAAAACCUCAGCCACCUGUUAUACCAACAAAAGAAGAAUGCUCAAGGCCUGAUUUCUUUAACAAUGCUGAUACGGCAUCUAGAACUAAAUGCCAAACAUUUUCAGAAACAGAUUUUUCAUCAAAAAAUUUUACAAUCAAAGUACAAAAAUUAAGACACAAGCACAACAUAGAUAUCCAAGAUGAAAUUAAAGAGGCUGAUGAAGCAUUGCAUGUGCAAGCAAGCUCAGACCAAGAAAAUUUGAAACCAAAGGUGUCCAAAGAGUCCAAUGCGUUUGUGAAACAUAAAAAACAAGUAUUCUUCGAUGAAGAUGGACUGGAAUCAGAAAAGAUAAAAGAUGAAAUAAAUCUGAAAAAUAAAAGUUUUGAUAGUUUAAAUAGAGAUAACAAGAAACAAACUGUCUCUCACAUACCUGAAAAGCCUACGGCAAUUUCUGAGUCUGAGAAAAAACGGUUAAUGUCUUUGAAGCAAAAAAAACAAGCUUUCAGAACACAACAACAAGCGAUACGCGAUGCUUUAAACAGUGUUGAUAAAAAUCAAUCAAGUAACAAAAUUAAAUUUGAUGAUGAUAUCGAUGUCCAAAUUACAAAAACUCAAGCCGACAAAAGCGCAUACAGAAAAAAUGCGCUAUUUGAAAGUGACGAUGAGAAUGAAGAAAAGAUCGAUUGGGAUGAAGUUGAACUUGAUGCUAAAGCACUAAUAAAGAAAAAGUUAUUAAAGUUGCAAACAAACAUUGGAAAUGAUAAGAGGUUUGUGCUUGACGAACGUUUUGUGGAUGAUGAAGAUAAAAAAGAGGAAAGCACACAAAAUAAUGUAGACGAUGUAGAAGAUGAAAAAAAAUGGCAACUUGAUAUCUUGGGAAAUGUAUUAGGUAAAUCAAUUAAGCUCCCCACAGCAGAUAGUAGUGAUACAGUAAAAAAAAAAAAUAAAAUGAUCAGGUAUGAUCCCACAGCAAGUAAUCAUCAAGAUUAUGAAGUUAAGAUUGAAAAAUCAAACGAAGAGAAACCUUGUAAGAAGAAGAAAAAAGUUAGUAGCACUGAAGUUGAGGAAGCACCAGUGGUUCCAAGGUCCAAAGAAGUAUUUUAUGAUGUCUCGGAGAAAUUAGUCGAAAGUUUAAAACAGAAUGGAGAUUUUAGUUUAUUAAAAACUUUUGGACGAGAUACGCUGGAAACUGAUGAUAGUAAAGCAAAUGUUAAUAACGAAACCGAGGAGAACAAAGGAAGCUUUCAGUUUAAUUUUAAUGCAAAAAAUCCUUUUAGAUAUGAUUCUUCUGAUGAUGAAGAUGGUAACGAUGAACCGAGCAAAACAAGCCAUACUAAAGAUAUCGCAGAAAAAGGCACUAUUUUCACUCGUCAGAAGGAUGAUCGAUUUUUCUUUACGCACAAUGAUCCCCGUUUUGAAGAAGCGGAACAGUUCUUUAAAAAGCAAGCAAUACAAGAAGAAGGCGCAUUUAAAAAUAGAAGACGCGAGCUGAAAGAAAUAGUACGAUCUAAAAUUCGCAAUAACUUGAAGAAAACCAUCCCCUGGAACAAAAGAAAGGUGCAUAAAAUACGAAAGAAAUGAGCGAUGAAAAUAGUAGAUUGUAAUUAUAAAAUUUCUUUACAUUAUCAACUGGCGAUUGUAUUAUAACGAUGUCUAUAAGUACAAUAUAUAUAUAUAUUUUUUUGUUAUCCCACACUA